AUAUAUAUAUAUCUCAAUGCUCGAUCCAAUACAUUUAGUCCAGUGUAUAUAAAACCCUGCAGCCCGUAGACCCCGUUCAGUUGAUAAAUCUCACAUUAUUUCUCCCGCAGUUGAGUUCCCGCGUUUUAACCUUGGUAUCAGAAAAACAAAAAUCGAAGAAACCCCACUCCAAAGAAGCAGAAAUCUGAAAAACACUGGGCAACUGUAGAUAGUAUAAGGAGAAGAAAUGAGUACUUGGAAUUACGUUGUGACGGCUCACAAACCCACCACAGUGACACAUUCAUGCGUUGGCAACUUCACCAGCCCCACUGACAUAAAUCUUAUCAUUGCAAAAUGCACCAGAAUUGAAAUUCACCUUCUUACUGCACAUGGGUUACAGCCAAUGGUUGAUGUACCAAUCUAUGGGCGCAUUGCAACACUUGAGCUUUUUCGUCCUCAUGGAGAGCCUCAGGAUUAUCUCUUCAUAUCAACAGAAAGAUAUAAGUUUUGUGUUCUUAAUUGGCUUGAUGGUGAGGUGGUUACAAGGGCAAAUGGAGAUGUCUCAGAUCGUAUUGGCCGUCCUACAGACAAUGGGCAGAUUGGUAUCAUCGAUCCGGAUUGUAGGCUUAUAGGGCUGCACCUUUAUGAUGGUUUGUUCAAGGUUAUACCCUUUGAUACAAAAGGGCAACUCAAAGAAGCUUUCAAUAUUAGGCUUGAGGAACUUCAAGUUUUAGAUAUCAAAUUUUUGUAUGGUUGUCCAAAGCCUACAAUUGCUGUGCUAUACCAGGAUAAUAAAGAUGCACGGCACGUUAAGACAUAUGAGGUUGCUCUAAAAGACAAGGACUUUACAGAGGGGCCUUGGACACAGAGCAAUUUAGAUAAUGGUGCUGGUCUUCUAAUACCUGUUCCUUUGCCUUUGGGAGGGGUUAUUAUUAUUGGCGAGCAGACGGUUGUUUAUUGUAGCGCAUCUGUAUUUAAAGCAAUUCCAAUUAGACCUUCCAUCACAAAGGCAUAUGGCAGAGUUGAUGCAGAUGGCUCUCGAUAUCUGUUGAGUGAUCACGCAGGAUAUCUUCGUUUGCUUGUCAUCACCCAUGAAAAAGAAAGGGUUACUGGUCUUAAAGUAGAAGUUUUGGGGGAAACUUCAGCUGCUUCAACAAUUUCAUAUUUAGACAAUGGAUAUGUGUAUGUGGGAUCUAGCUAUGGAGAUUCUCAGCUUAUAAAACUCAAUCUGCAGCCUGAUCAAAAUGGUUCAUAUGUAUCUGUCUUGCAAAGUUUCGUAAACCUUGGUCCCAUAGUAGACUUCUGUGUUGUUGACCUUGAGAGACAAGGGCAGGGGCAAGUAGUUACAUGUUCUGGAGCAUUCAAGGAUGGUUCACUCCGCAUAGUUCGCAAUGGCAUUGGUAUCAAUGAGCAGGCAUCUGCAGAGCUUCCAGGCAUAAAAGGAAUUUGGUCAUUACGAUCUUCAACUGCUGAUAUAUAUGACACUUUUUUGGUUGUUAGCUUUGUUCGUGAGACUCGUAUACUUGCAAUGAAUUCAGAAGAUGAACUAGAAGAAACAGAAAUAGAAGGGUUUGCCUCGGAUGCUCAGUCAUUGUUUUGUCAUGAUGCUAUACACGACCAGCUUGUUCAGAUAACAGCUAUUUCUGUGAGGUUAGUAAGUGCAUCAUCAAGAAAAUUAUUAACUGAAUGGAGAGUGCCAUCUGGAUAUUCUAUCAUCGUAGCCACAGCUAAUGCUACUCAGGUUUUUCUUGCUACUGGAGGGGGAAAUCUUGUUUACCUGGAAAUUGGAGAAGGGUCCCUAACUGAGGUCAAACAUUUGGAGAUUGAAUAUGAUGUGUCUUGCCUUGAUAUAAAUCCUAUUGGUGACAAUCCAGUGCGCAGUGAGUUGGCUGUUGUUGGAUUAUGGAAAGAACAUAGCAUCAGGAUUUUCUCUCUUCCUAAUCUAGACUUGAUUACAAGUAGGAACCUUGGGGAAGAUGUUCCACCUCGAUCUGUCCUCCUAUGUCGAUUUGAAGGGAUCUCAUACUUACUAUGCGGGCUUGGAGAUGGACACUUGUUUAAUUAUGUUUUGGAUACGAGCACUGGAGAUUUACUUGAUAGAAAGAAGAUUUCAUUGGGUACAAAACCUAUUACUCUUCGGACGUUUUGCUCUAAAAACACAACACAUGUUUUUGCAGCAUCAGACAGGCCAACAGUUAUUUAUAGCAGCAACAAGAAAUUGCUUUAUAGCAAUGUGAACCUUAAAGAAGUUAAUCACAUGUGCCCUUUCAAUUCAGUUUCUUUCCCUGACAGCCUUGCAAUUGCAAAGGAAGACCUGCUCACAAUUGGGACAAUUGAUGACAUUCAGAAACUUCACAUCCGUGCAGUUCAUCUUGGAGAGCAUGCUCGUCGUAUAUGCCAUCAAGAACAGUCUCACACCUUUGCCAUAUGUACUGUGAAGUAUUCAAAUGCAUAUCUGGAUGAGACAGAAUCACACUUUGUGCGUCUAUUGGAUGAUCAGACAUUUGAAAUUAUCUCAUCAUUUCAACUUGAUCCAUUCGAAAAUGGAUGUUCCAUCCUUAGUUGUUCAUUCUCAGAUGACAACAAUGUUUAUUAUUGUCUUGGGACAGCAUAUGUUAUGCCAGAGGAAAAUGAACCUAACAAGGGCCGAAUUCUUGUUUUCACUGUUGAAGAUGGGAAAAUCCAACUUGUUACUGAGAAGGAAACAAAGGGUGCUGUAUACAAUCUGAAUGCAUUUAAUGGAAAAUUACUUGCAGGCAUCAACCAAAAGAUUCAGUUAUACAAAUGGAUGCUCCGUGAUGAUGGUUCACGUGAGCUGCAGUCAGAAUGUGGACAUCACGGUCAUAUACUGGCACUGUAUGUUCAGUCCCGUGGAGAUUUUAUUGUGGUCGGAGAUCUGAUGAAAUCUCUCUCUUUACUUAUAUACAAGCAUGAGGAAGGGGCUAUUGAAGAGAGAGCUCGUGACUAUAAUGCAAAUUGGAUGACAGCUGUUGAAAUCCUUGAUGAUGAUAUCUACCUAGGAGCUGAAAACAAUUUCAAUCUUUUUACAGUCAGAAAAAACAGUGAUGCUGCAACUGAUGAAGAGAGAGGGAGGCUGGAAGUUGUGGGUGAAUACCACCUUGGAGAGUUUGUUAAUCGCUUUAGGCAUGGAUCUCUUGUUAUGCGCCUACCUGAUUCAGAUUCUGCUCAAAUUAGUACAGUUAUAUUUGGAACAGUUAAUGGAGUGAUUGGAGUUAUUGCAUCUCUUCCUCAAGAGCAAUAUCUAUUUCUUGAGAAAUUGCAACAGAGUCUUGUCAAGGUGAUAAAAGGAGUGGGGGGCUUGCUCCAUGAGCAGUGGCGCUCAUUCAGCAAUGAGAGGAAGACUGCUGAUGCAAAAAAUUUCCUAGAUGGUGAUCUGAUCGAAUCAUUUCUGGAUCUCAGUAGGAGUCGGCAAGAUGAAGUUGCAACACUAACAGGUUUUCCAGUAGAGGAGCUGUGCAAGAGAGUGGAAGAAAUGACUAGAUUACAUUGAUAACGAGGUGAUUUACCAGAAUCAAAAUAUUUAAUUUUGUACUCAGAUUAGAGGAGCUUGUCUUUUUGAAUGUGAGAUAUAUGUAGAGUUUUUGGCAAUGUAGAAGUCUAAACCAAUGUCAAGUGUACGAGUGCCUUGACCAAGUCACCACUGUUGUAACGAAAUUGUGGAUGGCUUGGAGUUGCUAUGUUAAAGCUCUAUGUUUUGGCAGUGUGAAAUUAAUGUGGAAGAAUGAUAUUUUAUCCA